AUGGUACGAGACCUCUCUCAGUGCCUCUGGUUCUCACACACUCAGGCUAAGAACAGGGAGAUUGAGGCUACUUUGAAAGUCAACCGGAAAGCUGUGCUGCACUUGAAGGGUUUACAUCGUGACAGAUCUCAACAUGGGGAAAUCCGGCACAGCCUGGUCCUGGACUUGGCCCAUUCCUACGAGCUGAGCUUCCCCCAGGCCCUGAACUUGGAUGGUGGCAUCAUCUUUAGACAGAGUCCCCAAGGAACAUUCAACUUCGGUGUGGAUGCACGAGCUGCCGUCAACCACAAUGUCACAUCCCAGGUCUCGGUCCAGCUGAACGGAUCUGACUUCGACUUUGCAUUUUUCUUCCAGCUCAAGCAUCCCCACAGACCAACAUUUCCUCCAAACUUCCAGGUGCAGGCAGCUGCCGGACGCUACAGAGUGUGCAGCCUCAACGGGUCUCUAUCUGUGCAUAUGUCUGGCCGGGAGCUGGUUCUGUUGGAGGUCGACGCCAGCCAGGACACUCGGAGAAGCAGCCGGGGCUGGGAUGUGAGUGUCCUUCUCCACCAGGCUGUCCUCAGUGCCCCCAGGGUUGUUCGGCUGCAGCUGUCUGGAAAGAUCACCCCAGCAAGGAUUUGGCUGUUUUCCAAGGCACUGCUGGACCAGAACACAGCACAGCUGCUCCUCAAGGCAUCUGAGGAACGGAGGGGAGGCCGGGUCCUGACCUUACAGAGCCAAACCCGGCACACGGUGGCUGGCUGGGCAGCGAUGCCCCGCCUCCUGACACUCACAGGAAGGCUGAAGCAGAAGGAGACACUUCAAGAGGGCACCCUCAGGGUCACUGCUGACUCAGCUGUGCUGGGCUUCCUCCUGCGGGACAAGCAUGAGAAGGCAGGGAACGGCACCAGCGUGCGCAGCGUGACCUGUGUCCUUGCCCAGAACAGCAGUCAGGCCUUGCCUGGAGAGCUCCAGCUGAAGGGCCGGCUGCAGGCCCAGACGAGGAACCUGAUGGCCCAGGCCAGCAUCCGGGCUCAUGCGGCCAGCCUGGCUCUGGGUGGCGCCUGCUCCUGGGGCCCCAGGCACGGCCAGCUUGCGGUUGGCCUGACACAUAAUAUGAGCAUGCUGAGUGAUGCAGGACUCCCCUCCGAGGCAGGAAUGCUCCUGUCUCUCACCCACAUGGCUUCCAACUGCUCAGCACGCCUGGCACUGCGGAACGCGGGGGGUCAGCUAGACGCUGCCCUUGGCCUGGAGGACCUGACCCCCGAGUCCCCAGGCCACCAGCUCCAUGCCAGCCUCCGCCACACCCACACCAUGCCCAGCCUCAAGCACUGGGGCCUCCCCUUCUCCAUAGAUGGCCACGGGCACUUCCAGGUCAACUGCAGUGGAGACGCCUCGCCCACCCAGCUGUUAGGAUGGUGCCGAGGAGACAUCGCUGGGCAGCCUCUCGAGGUCUCUGUGGACAUUCACAACGGCAGCUCUGCCUUCGAGCAUUCUGGACGCGUCGUGAUGGGGCCCACGUUCCUCAACUACUCCAUGAGCUGCUGUUACCGUGAUGGGCACCUGGAGCUCUCCGGCCAGAGCUGGCACAACAGUGAGGCCUUGUUGUGGGCAGGGUUCCCAGGCGAGGCCUCCCUGAGCGCUGAGCUGCAGAUACACGAGACCCAGACCCAGGCCACGAUAGCCCUCCGUGGCAGGGACAGUGGAGUCAGCAUGGACCUGGCAGCCCUGGUGGCUUGGCCACUAUAUGGCCCACUGCAGCUGGUGGCCAAUGCCAGCCAUGCAGUGCCUGCUCUCCAGAGGCUGGGCCUGCCCUUCACCAACCAGCUCGUGUUCCAAGGACUCUGGGAGGCAGAAGAGAUGAGCUCCUCGCUGCAGCUGACCUGUGAUUCUCAGGCCACCUUGGUCCUUGACGUCCGUGGCCAGAACCAGGCAGUCAGCAAAGAGCUGCUGUUCUCAGGCCAGCAUCGCCUCCCCUCCCUCCUGGGUCGCUGCCCCAGCUCUGCCUCAGCCUCAGCUAAGCUACGCCACUCCAAGGGUGAAGUUCAGAGCAUGUUCGCCUUGGGCGUGGAGGAGCAUCAUUUUCACAUCAGCACCCAGCAGAUAGCUGCUAAGGCCAGUCUCACCAGCUUCAUCAAACUGGAACAGACCUUCCUGCAGCUCAGCGCCCUUCCCGGGGAGCUGGUCCUGCAGACCACAUACGAGCGAGCUCAUGGGACCCGUGUCCUGCGCCAGGUGGUGCUGUGGGAUGGCCAGGAGGUGGCCCUCACCGGGAGCCUCUCUGGCCCUUUCCCCAAGCCCACCAGGAACCUCAGCCUGCAGGUGGCCACUUGCGUGAGCUGGCAUUGGCAUCAGCUGAGUCCCCUGCACCCCCUUGGCCCUGGAGCUGCUGACCUCAGCUUACAUGCCCUACCCUUUGUGUGUGUCCUCACCCACCCAGUGGAGCUCACCCACGCGCUGCCCCUCCCCCUGCCACGACACUGCAGCCUCCGCCUGUCCUCAGAGCAUUCAGGAGGCAGCCACCGGGAUGGCCUGGUUGUCGGCUGGGAUGGCAGGGACCAGGUGCUGGUCUCCUCCUCCCUGUGGCUGGGGAAGAGUGAGCUGGCCGCCCACCUAGCCCUGGCUCACCCAUUCAACCUCUCUUGGCGGCAAGCCGAGGCCAGUGGCCUUGCUGAGAGCAGGGGUGGCAGGCAGAGCCGGCAGGUGCAGCUCACCUGGAACAAAGGACAACCUGCGACGCUGCAGCUCACCUGGGCUGAUGGGUCCUCAGCAUACAGCACUGCCUGGGACGGCUGCCUGGCCGCCUCCCCGGGGCAGCUCCAGGAAGCUUGGGGCCUGGACACCCUCCAGGCCUGCGGGGCCUUAAUGCAGACCCCAGCUGUGUUCAUUGAACAGCUCGACCUGUCCUGGGGCCAACACCGCAUGCGGCAGAACUUGACAUACGAGAGGCAUCGGCCAUCUCAGCCAGGCAGGAUCAUCGCGGAGGCCACCCUGGAGCACGUCCUCGGGGCCUCUUGUAGCCGGCAGAGCUUCCGGGGAGAAGUACAGACUGACUAUGCACACUGGCUGCGGCACUCCCUCCAGCUGGGGCUCUGUGACCUGCCCAGAGCCCUCUUGGUCGCCGGGGAGCACGUCCUGGGCCAGGGUGGACUCCUGCUGCGUUCCCGCUGCUACCUGGGCCUCGCACCAGACCCAGACCACGGCCUGCACCUCAGCCUGACCCUCCGAAACCACAGCAGGCCUCAUUCAACUGACUUCUCCGGGGUGCUGGAGGUCAGUGGCCAGGAUAGGGCUGACAGUCCCUGGGGAAGAUGUCCCGGAUUCCCUCCCGUUCCUUCCUGGCCAGGAGGCCCCCAACUGCCUGGGUGGCCCCGCCAUCUACUUCGUGGCUCCAAGGCUCAGCAGGUUGGCCUACUGGGCCGUGUCUCCACCUCGGCUUCUCAAAGCCUGGUCCGAUUGGAGGGAAAUGUGGACAACAGAGAGCAGAAAGUGAGACUGUCUGUGUUCCGGGCCCCAAGCUGUCUCCAGGCCUCUGUGGCGCAUGAGGAGGGGGGCAGAGAGGAGAGUGUGGUGCUGCGGGCAUGUGCCCACGGGCGGACAGCUGAGGCGGAGGUCCUGUUCCGGGAUGGCAGGCAGCCCUUCCAGCCGCUGGGACGCCUGACCCUGCAGGCUGCCAACCAGAGCCUCCUGCUGGCUGCGCACGGCUGUCAGGGGGCCCUGCUGGGCCAUGUGGAGGCCCCAGCCUCUUCCUCUGUCCUCACAGUCCAGGAUCACAGCAGUUGGCUCCCAGGUGCAAGCCCAACUGGAAGAGAAGAUUCAAGGCUUGGGUGCCUCUGUGAGAAGGUUCCAGCAAUUGGUGCAGCCGGCAGGCACCCUGGACGGCGUGGCAGGCCUCCUUCUGCAGCUGUCCCAGGCGGGGCGGGAGGCUGUGCAGGGCCCCUGGCCACACUGAAGGACGCCUACCUGGAGGUGACACUGCGGCCCCUGGAGGAGGUGUGGCGGGAGCGGGCAGAGGAGGCCAUGCGGCGGCUGCAGGCCUGGGUGCCCGGGAUGCCAGGCAAUGGGGGUCCAAGGCCCAUCAGGGUGGCCCUGGGGGCGGUGAAAGGAACCCUGGAGCUGGUGAGUGGGAGCAAGGAUGGGGCACGGCUGGCAGGUGAGGACGCCUGAGCCAGCUCUGACUGUCCCCUCCCUCUCCAGGCCGCCCACCAGAUGCUGUCCUGGGCUGAGGCCACGUUCUCACGGGCACUGAAGAGGCUCUGCAAACCCCUGCUGGACCUGUGCAGCCUCUCGGCCAGAAAUCGCUCAGUGGUGGUGACACUGCCACUGCUGCCUGCGGGGGACGAGCCCCUGGAUGUGGCCCAGGUGACCAGCUACCUGGUGGAGAAGCUGCUGCGGCCG